CUGCCCGCACCCAGCCCAGAGGAGGAGAAUCUGCGCUCUCAAGUCAGGGACCUGGAGGAGAAACUGGAGACCCUGAAGAUCAAGCGGAACGAGGACAAAGCCAAGCUGAAGGAGCUGGAGAAGUACAAGAUCCAGCUGGAGCAGGUGCAGGAAUGGAAGAGCAAAAUGCAGGAGCAGCAGGCUGAUCUCCAGAGGCGCCUGAAGGAGGCCAAGAAGGAGGCCAAGGAUGCCCUGGAGGCCAAGGAGCGCUACAUGGAGGAGAUGGCGGACACGGCCGACGCCAUCGAGAUGGCCACGCUGGACAAGGAGAUGGCAGAGGAGAGAGCAGAGUCCCUGCAGCAGGAGGUGGACUCCCUGAAGGAGAAGGUGGAAUAUCUCACCAUGGACCUGGAGAUCCUGAAGCACGAGAUCGAAGAGAAAGGCUCGGAUGGAGCAGCCUCCAGUUACCAAGUCAAACAGCUGGAGGAGCAGAAUGCCAGACUCAAGGAAGCUCUUGUAAGGAUGAGGGACCUGUCUGCCUCGGAGAAGCAGGAGCACGUGAAGCUGCAGAAGCAGAUGGAGAAGAAGAACACGGAGCUGGAGUCCCUGAGGCAGCAGAGGGAGAAGCUGCAGGAGGAGGUGAAGCAGGCAGAGAAAACCGUGGAUGAGCUGAAGGAGCAGGUGGACGCUGCUCUGGGUGCUGAGGAGAUGGUGGAGACCCUGACAGAGAGGAACCUGGACCUGGAGGAGAAAGUCCGGGAGCUGCGCGAGACCGUGGGCGACCUGGAGGCCAUGAACGAGAUGAACGACGAGCUGCAGGAGAACGCGCGGGAGACGGAGCUGGAGCUGCGGGAGCAGCUGGACAUGGCCGGGGCGCGCGUGCGGCAGGCGGAGCGGCGCGUGGAGGCGGCGCAGGAGACCGUGGCCGACUACCAGCAGACCAUCAAGAAGUACCGGGAGCUCACAGCACACCUGCAGGACGUGAACCGAGAGCUGAUGAGCCAGCAGGAGGCGUCUGCCGAGCGAUCUCGCCUUCGGGGGGCACGGGGGGGUGUUUGGCGGGUCGGUGGCCGAGCAGACUGUGUCCUCCCCCCCCGGGCCGAGCUGAUCAGCAAGCAGGCGCAGGAGAAGUUCGAGCUGAGCGAGAGCUGCGGGCAGCGCGGGGGCCUGCGGGGCGCGGCGGGAGAGCAGCUCAGCUUUGCGGCCGGGCUGGUCUAUUCGCUCAGCCUCCUGCAGGCCACGCUCCACAAAUACGAGCAGGCCCUGAACAAGUGCAGUGUGGAGGUCUACAAGAAGGUGGGGAUGCUGUACCCCGAGAUGAGCGUCCACGAGCGCUCCCUGGACUUCCUGAUCGAGCUGCUGCACAAGGACCAGCUGGACGAGACAGUCAAUGUGGAGCCACUGACCAAGGCCAUCAAGUACUACCAGCACCUCUACAGCAUCCACCUGGCUGACCAGGCUGAGGACUGCACCCUGCAGCUGGCUGACCACAUCAAGUUCACCCAGAGUGCCUUGGACUGCAUGGGGGUGGAUGUGUGCCGGCUCCGCGCCUUCCUGCAGGCUGGGCAGGAGGCGUCCGACCUGGCCAUCCUGCUCAAGGACCUGGAGACCUCCUGCAGUGACAUCCGCCAGUUCUGCAAGAAGAUCAGGCGCCGCAUGCCCGGCACGGAUGCCCCGGGGAUCCCGGCGGCGCUGGGCUUCGGGCAGCAGGUGUCAGACACGCUCCUGGACUGCCGCAAGCACCUGACCUGGGUGGUGGCCGUGCUGCAGGAGGUGGCGGCUGCGGGGGCGCAGAUGAUCGCUCCCCUGGCUGAGAACGAGGGGCUGCAGGCAGUGAAGCUGGAGGAUCUGGCUUUCAAGGCCAGUGAGCAGAUCUACGGCAGCCAGGGCAUCAACCCCUACGAGUGUCUGCGCCAGUCCUGCAGCAUCCUGAUUGCCACCAUGAACAAGAUGGCCACGGCCAUGCAGGAGGGCGAGUACGACGCCGACCGGCCGCAGAGCAAGCCCACGCCGCCGGCCGAGCUGCGCGCAGCGGCUCUUCGGGCAGAGAUCACUGAUGCUGAGGGGCUGGGGCUGAAGCUGGAGGACAGGGAGACAGUCAUCAAAGAGCUGAAGAAGUCCCUCAAGAUCAAGGGUGAGGAGCUGAGUGAAGCCAACGUGAGGCUCAGCCUCCUGGAGAAGAAGCUGGACAGCGCGUCCAAGGAUGCUGAUGACCGUGUGGAGAAGAUCCAGACCAAGCUGGAUGAGACCCAGACACUGCUCAAAAAGAAAGAGAACCCGGCCUCCGGGGGGGCCUCCAUCGUGUCCGGCAUCGCCGGGGGUGCUGGUGCUGGGCAGGUGACAGGAGGUGGCUCAGGGCCCGUCCAGGUGAAGGACUCACCUCUGCUCCUCCAGCAGAUCGAUGCCCUGCAGCUUUCCAUCAAACACCUCAAGAACGAGAACAACCGGCUCAAGGGGGCCGAGCUGAGGGGCAGCAGAGUGGGGGUGCUGGUGCCCCCCCCCCGGGGGCUGAUCCAGGGUGAUUAG